AUGAUAUACUUAGGCAAGAUGGACUUCUCGACCCUUCUCAGAGGCAACUUUACGGCCAUGGCCGAGAACAUGACCAGAGGGAAAUCCUACACUGGCAACACCAAAAUGAUGGAGAGUCUGCUGCCCAUGUUGGGCGGGCAGUUCAACCCGGUCUUUCGGUCCCUGCUUCUGCUAUAUCAGAUGAUCGGCUCCAACCUUGGUAUCGACCCGACUUUAGUCCUGACACUGGUCGGUUUCUUCUGGGCUGCCAAUAGAGUCGCUCGUCAAGUAUACGGCGCUGUCUUCCGACUGAUCCAGGAAAACUUCAUGAGCAGCAUUCACAUCACUAGCACAGAUGAGAUUUACACGCACAUGAUGAAGUGGUUAGCACUGCAGCCGCUGAUGGCGAGCUCUCGCUCUUUAACGGCCGAGACUGUAAGCAAGACCGCAUGGGAAGAGGAAGAGGAACUCGAGGCGCUGCAGACGAGGACCAUUGCUGGUAGUGGCGGCGGCAACACGGAAUACCUCAACUUUUCUAAUCAAGAAGCCAAAGCUCCUCCCAGAUAUGUCCCUGCAGUGGGCGUCCAUGGUUUCUGGUUCAGAGGUCGUUACUUUAGACUCCAGCGAAAGCUGCAGAACGUCUUCGAUGGCGAGGCGAACUACGGGACGUUCAGAAAGGAGGAGGAUCUCAUCGUGUCGUGCUUCGGCCGGAGCCCAGCCCCCAUCAAACAGUUACUUUUGUUUGUUAAGGAAUUCUACUACCAGGACCACUACGCCCGCACAACGAUCAAACGCCCGAGCCCCGCACCGAUGCGCCGGUACGGGGGGCGCUACAACUGGAGUCAGGUUGCCAACCGCCCCGUCCGACCCAUGAGGACCGUCGUUCUCGAUCCGAAGCAAAAGGGCCAGGUACUUGCUGACAUGAAUGAGUAUCUUCAUCCGGCGACCCCCCGCUGGUACGCUAACCGUGGUAUCCCACUGCGUCGUGGGUAUCUCUUUUAUGGACCACCUGGGACCGGCAAGACCUCGCUGUCGUUCGCGUUAGCCGGCGUCUUCGGUCUUGACAUCUUUGUCAUCUCCCUGCUUGAGCCGACAUUGACAGAGGAAGACCUUGGGACUCUAUUCAACUCACUGCCCCGUCGUUGCGUGGUGCUGCUGGAGGAUAUCGACACGGCAGGCCUGAGCCGUGCGGAUGAGGAGCCCGAAGCCGCUCCAUCGGACGGCAAAGACAGCGCAAAGUCCGACGGCGACAAAGAAGAGCGGGGCAAGAAGACGAACAAAGACGACUGGAAGGUGUCUGACCUCGCGCGUGCCCUGAAGAAGGAGGCCAAGGACGAUAAAAAGGGUAUCUCGUUGUCCGGACUCUUGAACGCUAUCGACGGUGUGGCUUCGCAAGAGGGCCGCAUUCUGGUCAUGACAACAAAUAAGCCCGAGUCUCUAGACGAGGCGUUGAUCAGACCCGGCCGUGUCGACCUGCAGGUAGGCUUCACCAACGCGACCCCUGCGCAAGCAACAGAGCUCUUCCAGCGCAUGUAUGAGGCAGAUGGUGCCUCUCCGGCCAAGCGCAUCGACGGGCAUGUCGCUCCGCCCAUCACCGUGAACGACGGCACGUCUUCCACGUCGUCGUCGUCGUUCUUGUCUGCCUCGACUGCCUCACCCACCAAGUCGUUCUAUGCCGACAAGCCCUUGUCCGCGGAGCUUGCUGCCGAGGCCGAGAAGAAACAUCAGUUCGACAGCGAGGAGCUCAGACGGAUCGCCGCCGAGUUUGGCGCCCUGAUCCCGGAUGGACUGUUCAGCCCAGCCGAGAUCCAGGGUUUUUUGCUCAAACGAAAGAAGGACCCUAGACGCGCGCUGAAGGAAACGGCUGAGUGGGUUGAGGGAAUGCGACUGCAGAAGGAGAAUCGGACCAAGGUGCUUAAGGUACAGUGA